AUCUUAAAUUGUGUGCAGUCGGCUAAUAAAGGCUUUUUGUGUGUAUCUGUGGACUGUGAUUACACCAAAACAAAAUCCAUCCAUAUUCUGUUAUCAUAGUUCUUUUGAUUAAACGAAAUUGCAAAAUAUCAUCCACAUAGGUAUAUUUCACUAUUUCGCAUUCCAUAACAUUCGCCCAUAGGUACAACGCCGACGGACAACUAAUCACUCGCCUUUGAAUCUUCGGACACGAAUUCAUUUUCUUAUCAUCUUAUCAAUGAAUAUUAAAUAAAAAUUAAAAUAUGUUGUACUUUUUAAAUAUGUUUUAAAUGUUUUAAUAAUAUAACAUUCCGUCAUCAAAAAUAGUAUAACUAGUUUGUUAUUAUAAUACCUAUCUUUAUCCACCUACUAUUCAUUUGAUCAUCACGUCACGAGUCAGAAAUGUCUUGCUGGUCCUCAAAAAUAAAAUAAAUAUGUUUCUCUUCAAGUAUGGAAAAUUUACCAUUAACAAGCAAUGUUCGAAAAAAUGAUCUCCCCAAUAAGCCUUCUACAUCCUAUCAGGCUGUUAAACAGGUGAAAAAAUUAACUGAAAGAAAUGUGGGAAUUAGUUCGGACGAUGAUAUGAUAGACAUUACAACUUCAGGAACAAUGACUGAACGUACUUUAAAUCAGAGAUCACCAAUUAAUUUACCAGGUAUUGAUGUCAUUUUUGCGGGAACAAUAAAUUUUGGAUCUGGUGAAACUGAGGAUAUUCCUGGAAUUGGGCAGUAUGAAGAUUUUCAUACAAUUGAUUGGCAGCGAGAUAUUGCAAGAGAUCGGAUGCGACAUAGAUAUAUUCUAAAACGCAAACAAAAUUCAUUUAUUGAUCUAAUAAAAUCAGCUCAAGAUGCAUGGUCUGGUUGGCUUUGCGUAUUAUUGGUGGGACUUGUGACUGGAACUGUUGCAGCAAUAAUCGACAUUGGAACAUCAUGGAUGUCAGAUCUAAAAUUUGGCAUUUGUCCUCAAGCAUUUUGGUUAAACAUGGAACAAUGUUGUUGGUCAUCAAAUGAAACUUCAUUCGAGCUAGAUAAAGGAAACUGUUCACAAUGGUUUUAUUGGUCCGAAAUAAUGACUUCUUCAAACUAUGGACCUUUUGCCUACAUUGUAUCAUAUUUAUUUUACAUUGCUUGGGCAUUACUAUUUGCUGCCCUUGCUGCUGGUUUAGUCAGAAUGUUUGCCCCCUAUGCAUGUGGAUCUGGUGUCCCAGAGAUAAAAACAAUUUUAAGUGGUUUUAUAAUUAGAGGGUACUUAGGAAAGUGGACUCUACUGAUAAAAUCUGUUGGAAUAAUGAUGUGUGUUUCGGCUGGUCUCAGCUUGGGUAAAGAAGGACCUAUGGUACAUAUAGCUUCAUGUAUUGGUAAUAUUUUAUCAUAUUUGUUCCCUAAGUAUGGUCGAAAUGAAGCUAAAAAGAGAGAAAUAUUGUCAGCAGCAGCAGCUGCCGGGGUUUCUGUUGCUUUUGGGGCUCCAAUUGGUGGAGUCCUUUUUAGUUUAGAAGAGGUUAGCUAUUAUUUUCCAUUGAAAACUUUAUGGCGUUCAUUCUUUUGUGCUCUCGUUGCUGCAUUUGUGCUUAGUUCAAUCAAUCCAUUUGGCAACGAACAUUCUGUUAUGUUCUACGUCGAAUAUCACAGACCAUGGAUGUUUUUUGAACUUAUACCAUUUAUUGGAUUGGGAAUUAUUGGAGGUGUGAUAGCAACAGUUUUUAUCAAAUGCAAUAUUAAAUGGUGUCGGUUUCGUAAAACCUCUAUCCUCGGACAAUAUCCAGUCAUGGAAGUACUAUUACUUACAGCUGUAACAGCAAUACUUUCAUAUCCCAAUCCAUAUACGCGCAUGGGAACUAGUCAAUUAAUUUAUCUUCUUUUCAGUCAAUGUGAUGUAUCUAGUAAUGAUGGUUUGUGCGAUUAUACAAACGAUAAAGCAAAUGUAGCUGGACCUGGUGUAUACACAGCUAUGUUACUUCUAUCAAUGGCAUUUGUCUUGAAAUUAGUCACUACAAUUUUUACAUUUGGAAUAAAGGUACCUUGUGGUCUGUUUAUUCCGAGUUUGGCUAUGGGCGGUAUUACUGGUCGUAUUGUUGGUAUUCUGAUGCAACAAUUAGCUGCCAAACACCCCCAUUUAUGGUUUUUUGACAAUAGUUGUGGAUUACCUGGCCAAGAAGGCUGCAUUACUCCUGGCUUAUAUGCCAUGGUAGGUGCUGCUGCUGUUCUAGGAGGAGUAACCCGAAUGACUGUUUCAUUGGUAGUCAUUAUGUUUGAAUUGACUGGUGGUGUGAGAUACAUAGUUCCAUUGAUGGCAGCUGUCAUGGCUAGCAAAUGGGUUGGUGAUGCACUGGGCAAAGAAGGAAUGUAUGAUGCUCAUAUUCAAUUAAAUGGUUAUCCGUUUUUGGAUAGUAAAGAAGAUAUUGUUCACACAGCCUUGGCAGCUGAUGUUAUGCAGCCUCGUCGGGCUGAAAAUUUGAAUGUUCUCACUCAGUCUUCAAUGUCACUAGAAGAUACCGAAAUAUUACUAAAAGAAACUGAACAUAAUGGAUUUCCAGUAGUGGUGUCUCGUGAAUCUCAAUAUCUUGUUGGAUAUGUGUUGCGUAGAGAUUUGCAAUUGGCAUUAGAAAAUUCAAAACGAACCAUUGAUGGACUUUUACCUGAAUCUUUAGUUCUGUUUACUGACAUAACUCAACAAGUAAUGCCACCACCUUUAAAAUUAAAAAAAAUUCUGGAUAUGGCCCCAAUUACAAUAACCGAUCAAACGCCUAUGGAAACUGUGGUCGAUAUGUUCAGAAAAUUAGGACUUCGCCAAACAUUGGUUACACACAAUGGGAGACUUUUGGGAGUAAUAACUAAGAAAGAUAUUUUACGUUACAUUAAACAGGUUGAUAAUGAAGAUCCCAGUUCUGUACUCUUCCAUUGACGUUCAUUAAUUAACCAUAUGGAUUUUGUAUCCAUUAUUUAGCUCAAUUUUCAUAUUUCUGUUUAUAUAUUUUAAUAAUUUUUUUUUCAAAGUUUUGUUUUAGAAACUUAAUUUAAAAAACAUUAUAAUAGUAGUUUCCUUGAUAUUUAAAUUAAGUAAAUAUUUGGGAAAGGUUAAUUGUGAAUAAUAGUUUACUCAAAAAUUAAAUAUUAUAUAAAAAUUAUAACUAUGUUUAUCGACUAUGAACAUUGUAAGAUGCAUUUUGAAUGUAUGGGUUUGCUCGUAGAUGGUAAUAAAUAACAACCUAAAGUAUAUUAUUAAAAAUAAAUAAUAUUAUAUUUUUUGUUGUAAAUACUAUAAUUAUUGACUUAAAUUCAUUGAGAAAAAUCUCUUUACUUCAUUUAGUCUGUUAGUAUGUAUGUAUACUAUUAUAUGUGUUUGUAACGAUUAUUGUAAUUUCGUAUUUUCCUUAAACAUUAAAUUUAAUAUUUUGAUUUUGUAUCUCUUCACAAAAUAAAUGGCUUAACUAAAGUCUUAAAUUAUUACACUAAUGCAG